AUGCGAAGGGCUAGCCUUUCUAGCCUCUGGGCUGUCGCUCUACUCGUAAAUGGAGUUACUUGUCAGCAAAUGCCUCCAUGCGCGGCAACAUGUAUGGAGACAGGGCUCGGGGGGUCGUCUUGCUCCCCGAUUGAUACCCAGUGUAUUUGCGCUGAUACAGCGCUGCAGCAGGAUAUCAGUGGCUGCAAUGUCAUGACGUGUUCGGUUAAAGAAGCAUUGACUUCGCAGAAUGCAUCAAACGCAAUGUGCGGGAUCGAGCCUCAAGAUAUCUCCCACAUCAUGACAACCGUCACAAGUGUUUUUAUGAGUCUCGCGAUAACAUUUACCAUCAUGCGGUGCUCCGAAUCGCGUGAUCACUUUGGGCCGGAGGAUAUUUUCGCCAUCUUAGCCUUGGAUGGCUAUGGGAAAGACAUCUGGAUCCUUCCCUUUGACAACAUUACGCGCAUUGUGAAGUUCACUUGGCUCCUACAACUGCUCUACAUCCCCUCCCUCGCCGCAACCAAAAUGGCCUUCUUAUGUCUUUAUCUACGCAUUUUCCCAAGUACAGGCAUUCGACGAGCCACCUGGUUGCUUAUAGCCAUCAACGCCAUGUACCUUCUAGCCUAUGCCUUCGGAACCGCGUUCAACUGUCUCCCAGUUUCCUAUAUCUGGACGAAAUGGCACGGGAAAACAGAAGGAUCGUGUCUCAAUUUCAAUGCCUUUGGCAUCGCGAAUGCGGCAACCAAUAUUACGCUGGAUCUGGCAGUUAUCGGGCUUCCGCUGCACAAGAUAGCUGGACUUUCUGUCAGCUUGUCGAAGAAGAUUAUGCUCUUGUCCAUGUUUGGGCUAGGAUUCUUUGUAACAGUCGUCAGUAUCCUCCGACUCCGGGUUGUGAUCACCUACGCAACAACCACAAAUGCCACAUACGACACUGUUGCCACCUCUUACUGGUCUAUAAUCGAAUGCUUCAGCGGCAUAGUCUGCAUCAACCUACCUUCCGCCCGCCGGUUCUACCGUAAAGUCACCCACUUCUGUUUCGGCACCCCCCAGACGGGGCAGGAAGAGAGCUAUCAGAAUGUGACACCCGGUUCCUCGUCUACGCCUAAGACAAGCAAGCUGCCGAUGAAACUAUCGAUUCUCAAAACGACUGAGACUACAGACCGACGCGAGGAGACGGGGACGGACACGGAGUCUUUGGUUCCGGUUUCCAGGAGCCGCUAG